GCGGUUCCCCCGCGGACCCCGGACCCGGACCCGCGAUGCCGCUCCUCCUCCGGUCUGUCCUGAGCCGCGGCCUCAGCCUCAGCCUCAGCCGCCGAGUGAGUUACACACAGGGCCAGAGCCCCGCGCCCCGCGUCAGGGAGUACUUCUACUACAUCGACCAUCAGGGCCAGCUUUUUCUCGAUGAUACAAAAGUCAAAAAUUUCAUCACCUGCUUUAAAGACAAACAGUUCCUGGUUUUCUUCUUCAAGCAGUUGAGGAGGAACGUCACGAGUCGCUACCCGGAGUUCCCCUACGUCUCGCUGUGCGGGAGGGAGCGCAACUUUGUGCGCUGCGAUGACCUGCCCAUCGUCUUCACUCACCUGCUGGCGUCCGAGCCCGAGCUGCUGUCCUACUGCGGGGGUGGAGAACACCUGGCCAUCCCUUUCCAGCCCCAGAAGCUUUACAUGCCAGAGAACGGCCGCCUGUACCACCCCGCUCCCCCCAGGUCAGGCCCUGUUGGUCUCGUCAAGUCCUCGCUGGCCUUCGAGCUGAGCCCCCACUUCGAGUACGAGGGGGGUGGUCCCGAGAGCGGACCACCCACUUACUUCCACUGGAAGGGCCAGCGAUACCACCUGACCAAUGAGCUCGCUCAGUACAUCCCCGCAGUCACAGAGAAGGAACCACUGGGAUAACUCCAGCUCCGUCCUUUCUCAGUUACACACUGGUCACAGCCACUGGCUGAUCCUCUGGAAUAAUAUCAUCUGCAAAUAAU